AUUUGUUUUCGUUUUUCAGGGAAGGAUCUAAAUCAAUGGUACCUCAUGGGUUCCCCGCUACCACUUCUAACCAUAACGGUGGCGUAUAUACUCUUGAUCUUGAGAAUAGGACCAGACUUCAUGAGGUCGAGAGCACCGAUGAAACUCAACAAUGUUCUUCUGGUCUACAAUACUCUCCAAGUUUUAGUUUCCCUUUUCUUAGUCAAAAAAGGUUUUACAAUGUUAGCGCAUAAUGGAUUGCUCAAUUACGAAUGUACGGAGAGAGAAGAUCUAAUGAAAGAUGUCGUCACCGGUAUAUACUACUAUCUUCUGGCGAAGCUGAGUGAACUUCUCGACACGGUGUUCUUCAUCUUGCGCAAGAAGCAGCGCCAAGUGACGUUCCUGCACGUAUACCACCAUACCAUAAUGCUGUGGAACCCGUGGAUUACCCUCAAGUAUGGUGCGACGUACACCAUGGCCUUCCUGGGCAGCACCAACAGCUUCGUGCACGUCAUCAUGUACGCUUACUACGGGCUGUCGGCGUUUCCAUCGCUGGCGAAGUAUCUAUGGUGGAAGAAAUACUUGACGGCCUUGCAAUUGACUCAAUUCGUCUUGGUGUUUCUACACGCUGUCGCCAAUCACUUCUACGGGUGUCCACUAUCAACAUUCACCAUGUCCAUAAUCCUGUUCAAUACAACGGCAUUCUUCAUCUUAUUCGGAGACUUUUAUAUAAAAUCUUACUCUAAGAACUAUCACAACAAGAAAACACUGGAAAUUGAAGACAAACUAUCAAAACAGUCGUAUGCUAAGAGGCGAAAUUUGGGCCAAUAA